UUCAAACUUCAAAGAACCCCUGAAAGCAUAAACAUCAUUUCUACACCCAUUUCCAUUCUCAUGCUCUUCAGUUGCUCAUAACCUAUUAACCCCUAUACCAAAAAAAAAAAAAACAUAAUUUGAAUCGAAAAGAUCCAAUCACGAUGAACAACAUGAAGCAGUUACAUAAACAAUCAAAUGCAAAUCAAAGGAGAGAUGAAGAAAUGCCGACUAGUCAAACCCCACCUUACUCACCUAAAUCCCUCAAACACCCUUCAUCCACCCACCGAUAUCUCCCAAGAUCCAUCAAUUACAUCAUCAAAGAACAGCGUCUCCUCUUCACCCUAAUCGGAAUCCUGAUCGGUUCCGCCUUCGUCAUCCUCAAACCAUCGUUUACCACCAUCAGCAUAGCCGAUACUGGUAGAGGAUAUGAAAUCCCGUCAAUGCCCAGAUCCACUGCGAUCUCCAACCAAGACACCGUUAGCCACUACUACCGUCCUGUUAAUAAGGGAGUAGGACGGGUUCCGGUGGCUAUUGGGCAGAAGAGGAGGCGGGUUGUGGUGACUGGCGGAUCCGGGUUUGUGGGUAGUCAUUUAGUUGAUAAGUUGAUUGCGAGAGGAGAUGAUGUGAUUGUCAUUGAUAAUUUCUUUACUGGUAGAAAAGAGAAUGUCGCGCAUCAUUUUGGGAACCCUAGAUUUGAGUUAAUUAGGCAUGAUGUGGUUGAACCUAUCUUACUGGAGGUGGAUCAAAUCUAUCAUUUAGCUUGUCCUGCUUCCCCAGUCCAUUACAAGUACAACCCUGUCAAGACAAUCAUGACCAAUGUAAUGGGCACUCUAAACAUGCUGGGACUUGCCAAAAGAAUUGGGGCAAGAUUUUUGCUUACAAGCACCAGUGAGGUUUAUGGAGACCCCCUUGAGCAUCCUCAAAAGGAGACAUAUUGGGGGCAUGUGAAUCCAAUAGGUGUUAGAAGCUGCUAUGAUGAAGGGAAAAGGACAGCUGAAACCUUGACAAUGGAUUAUCAUCGAGGCGAUGAUGUUGAGGUCCGGAUUGCACGUAUUUUUAACACAUACGGUCCUAGAAUGUGUCUCGAUGAUGGCCGUGUUGUUAGCAACUUUGUAGCACAGGCCAUUCGCAAACAACCAAUGACAGUUUAUGGUGAUGGAAAACAAACACGUAGUUUUCAAUACGUGUCCGACUUGGUUGAUGGGCUCAUGGCACUAAUGGAAGGUGAACAUAUUGGGCCUUUUAACUUAGGGAAUCCAGGAGAAUUCACUAUGUUAGAGCUUGCUCAGGUGGUGAAAGAAACUAUUGAUCCAAGUGCUACAAUUGAAUUUAAAGAAAACACUGCUGAUGAUCCUCAAAAAAGGAAACCAGAUAUCAGCAAGGCUAAAAGUAUGCUAAAUUGGGAACCAAAGAUAACACUUCGGGAAGGUUUGCCACGAAUGGCAGCUGAUUUUAGAAACCGGAUCUUGAAUGAGGACGAGGGCAAAGGCGUAAAAUAA